UAAACAUCACAAUACACAUCUGGUAUUCAGGGGAUUUAGAAACAAAAGUAAUAUUCAACUGUUUAUCAUCAACUGCAGUAUUUAAAAAGUUUUAAAAACCAGUACAAUGUACCUAAAUACGAGUGUAAUACUUGUAAACGGCAGAAUAUAAAAACUAAGAAUGCGCAUAGUGUGCGACCUGAAGUUGACAUUUAAUUAAGAUCAAUAAAAACAAAUAAAUUACACAUAAAUGGCCAACAGCGAAUGCUGAUGACGUCAGUGCUUGGUGGGAGGCGUCACUAUGGCAACGCGUUGUCGGGUAAUUGCGUGACGCAGGGUGUCCAGUGGUGUUCUCGGGUGACCGCCGUGGACGUAGUAACCUGCACGCGCGAAACGAUACGUUACUCCAGUGUUUACGGUUAGAAGGCGCUAGAAGCGACGACCCGGAAGCUGCGGUGCACGCGCUCAAACAGGUGCUACAUUUACGCAGACUUCAGCGGACAGCAGUUACAUUUGGAACCCUAAAAUCGGCCUGAUUGGAUCAUCCUCACCCCGGGGAUGGAGCGCUAUGAGUCGCUGGGCCUGGUCGGGGAGGGCAGCUACGGCACCGUGCUGAAGUGUCGCCAUCGAGACACCGGCCGCCUCGUCGCCAUCAAGAAGUUCACGGACUCCGACAGCGAUAAGACGGUGAAGAAGAUCGCCACCAGGGAGAUCAAGCUGCUCAGGAAACUAAGUCACGACAACCUGGUGAACCUUCUGGAGGUGUGGAAGCGCCGCCGCCGCUGGUAUCUGGUCUUCGAGUUCGUGGACCGGACGCUGCUGGACGAUUUGGAGCAGCAUCCGAAGGGGCUCGACCCGAACACCAGCCGUCAAUAUCUGUACCAGAUCCUGAGAGCUGCGGCCUUUUGCCAUGAGCGGAAGAUCGUCCAUCGGGACAUCAAACCAGAGAACGUCCUGGUGUCUCGGGCCGGCGUGGUGAAGCUGUGUGACUUUGGCCUGGCUCGCACCCUGCCUUCAGCCGCCGGGGGCGUCUACACCGACUACGUGGCCACGCGCUGGUACCGAGCUCCUGAGCUGCUGGUGGGAGACGCCCAGUACGGACGACCUGUGGACGUCUGGGCCGUCGGCUGCCUCUUUCUAGAGAUGUUGACAGGGCAGCCUCUGUUUCCUGGAGACUCGGACCUCGACCAAAUCUACCACAUCAUCGGAUGCUUUGGCAGCCUGACGGCUCAUCACCAGCACGUGUUCCUCAGGAACCCUGUGUUUUCUGGGGUCAGACUGCCACAAUGUUGUGUUGGAGCCCCGUUGCAGGACCGCUGCCCAGCCAUCACACCCUCUGCCCUGGACCUGGCACAGCGCUGUCUGCAGAUGGAUCCAGAAGGACGAGCUCAGUGUUCACAGCUUCUGGAACAUCCUCUGUUCACUCUGGACUGUUUCCACAUCAGGUUCAUGGAGGAGCUGAAUGCGAAGAUCCAAAAAGAACACAGAGAAAACGCUACCCUUCCCAAAAUAAUGAAAACCCCAAGACAAGAUAAGAAUGAUGGGAAUGACAAAAAGCCCAGAGGCAAGAACAGGAAACCUCCUGGAGCUGUGGAUGAGAAGGUUCUGAGAGGAACGGAGCAGAACGACGAGAAGCAGGAGAAAAUGAGAGGAAAGCAGCCGUCAAGCCUCCCUAGAACCGUAGGGAAUAAAUCAGGUUCUUUAGUGUCCAGACAGUCCAGGUUCUACAAUACAACAAGGGCUUCAAUGAGCACAAAAGGAAAAGCCUCUGGUUCAGAAUCCAGACACCAACCUGAUGUUUGUACAAUAGCAGAAGGCUUUUCUUCUGAUUUACCUGAAGCUCCCGCAAAUGGGAGCGAUUUGAAAGAUGUUUCAUCAGAGGCCGAACAAGACUGUUUAAAGGUGCCAGAAAACCGAGAAGCCGCUCGUUGCAUUAGUUUACACAGUGGCUGCCGAAGCACCGCGGAGACGAACGUGAUGGACGUGAGCAGAACCUUUAAAUCAGAGACGAGUCAGGGGUUUUGGAGGAGCAGGAGCACCUCCCACACGCACGUAGCCACACGUCCUGAAGCCGCGCGUCCCGAAGCCGCGCGUCCCGAAGCCGCGCGUCCCGAAGCCGUGCGUCCCGAAACCACGCGUCCCGAAACCACGCGUCCCGAAACCACGCGUCCCGAAGCCACGCGUCCUGAAGCCACGCGUCCUGAAGCCACGUUUCCUGAAACCACGCGUCCUGAGGCCACGGCCUCGGGGCGUCCGGGCGGCGGUCCGACGCUCCACGCGCCUCCUCUGACGGGCGACGGCGCUGCAGGAACCCAGGAGGAUCUAUGGCAGCCAACAGCUCGGCCGCUGCUGGCUCAAAGCCCACUCUCCAGCCUGGCACCUCGGCCUGCACUGACCCCAGGCCUUAGAGCCUGGACAGGGGGCUUCGUCCUGCACAACAUGGACACCAUGAUACUGAAUGAGUUCACGCAUGAGUCCGAUCCACCUCCCGCUCCCUCGUCGCCUCCUCUGCUGCUUCCUCCACCUCCCACGCCUCUCAUUCCCUCCUUCUCCUUCAUCGGUGCCAGCAGCCCCCCUCUCAGCGAUCACCUCCCCCUGGAGACGGGUUUCCACCCUGUGGGCCUCAGCCUGAGAUAUGGGGAGAGGCCGCGGCGUCACGGAGGCAUUUCCAGUCGACCGGGACGUCCGUCACUGACGACUCCCAUUACAGCGUCGCAGGUGUCAGAUAAGAGUCUGAUGGUGGAACAGUCUGAUGACUGUAACUUUGUGCACAGCGGGGGUCCUGCGGAGCCCACGAAGGUUGACGCCUGUUUCCCAGAUGUGCCCAUUGUGGGGCUGUCGGAGCUCAGAGGAAGAGACGGUAAAAAAAAGGGUCAUCGCUAAAGAUCAGAAGAAAAGCAGACAUCCAUCAUCAGAACCACAGCAGUGCAGACGCGACAGCCCUGAUACGAGCCACACACAAAAGCAUUAACAUCCUCACUUUUAUUAUCAGUCCACUGAUUAUUACCAGACUGACAUUAACAUUAACACAAUCACUUGAAAGUAUUACGAUAAAAAAUGAAUUAUUUUGUUUUUUAACUGAACAAUUCUCAAGACAUGUACAGUAAUGUAGUUUGCUGGAAUUGUAGUGAAUAAAUAUUGUCUGACAGUGAAGCUCAUGGCUACAGCUGCUGUUACAGACAUCUGUCAAUCAUCUUUGUUUUCAUGAUUCGUCACUGGAAUCUGAGGAAAACAAACCUACAUUCCACCUGUUCCCAUUUAAAGCCUUUACAGGUGUUGGCGCCAUCUCGUCGCUGUCUGAUGGUGCACUGUAACCAUGGUAACCGUGUCCUCUGCUGUUGGACAACAGGUAGGCGAGGAGGCGGGCAGCGAGGUCGGACUGGGUGUCGGGGACUGGUCCCGGUCCUGGUCCUGGUGCCGGGUUUGGCUCUGGUGUGACUGGAGUGACUGGUGUGACUGGAGUGACCGGUGCUCCAGUGAUUUUGGCACCUGUCAUGUGGACUGUUGGCUUUUCAGUCGUAGUCACUACCUGCUCAAGAUUUACACUUAAAAUAAGGCUGACGGAAUCAAAUCUAUUGUUACAGUACAGAGUUAUGUCAUGAUGUCUAACCAUCGACAUGCUACACAUGGUUAGCGCUCGCGCUUCUUGCAGCUUCAGGAUGAUUCAACAGCACGUCAUUUAUUAGGUAAAAGAUGAACGCUAAAUGAACAAACAUGUUUAUUUCUUUCAUUUAGAUGUUGUUUUGUGUUCUGUACAUUCAUCCCCACAGGAUGGAGCGUAAUGAGAACUCACCGCUGGGGACAACGUAGUGGUGGGGCCCUCUGUGGGGACGGGUGGGGGGGCGACUUCUGUCCCUGUGGUGUCAGGUUGUGAAAAGAACAUGCAGGUGUCGUCCACAGCAGAACCAUCAAUCUCUGGAAGCUCGUAAUCCAGUGGAGACAAGGACUGAGCUGAAGGACACAAAUUAUUAAUGUCUUCACUUAAUCCACGCAGACACGUGUUGCUGGCGUUGGUCUGACAGACGUGUUGCAUCACAUCAGGAAGCACUGUGUCUGCAUGUUUAAUGAAGUACAGCAUGAAGCAGCAAAGAACCAAAACGUUAAAUGAACCACAGAUACUGAAAGGCCUGAGCCGGGUCAGCUGUGGUCCAGUAGCCGCCGCCCGCUGCCAUCUGAGCCUCAGCCUGAGCUGCAUAUUUCAUUAGGACAUGAGGUCUGAGGCGUCCUCGGCUUUUGUUCUAGUCCUUUUUUGUACAUGCAACAAAAGCCUUGGUCCAAAGCAGUUACAAAGCUCCACUGUCUAAUCCGUGGUACAGUACGUGCUGCACUGGAUCCUCCUUACGGUCAAAACCUGAGGUUCAGUGUAUCUGUUACUCACCAUGUGUCCAGUUGAUGCUCUGAAGUGUGAAGAGGAAGAGGAGGAAAAAACCUGCCAGAGAAGUUGAGCUGCAGGACAUGACUGAGUGCAGAGAAAGAGGGAAUCAUGAAUCUAAAGGAAGUAAAGGUGCAGAUGGAGAAGAGAGCAGCGGCUUCAGACCGAGCUGACGAG